AUGCCGCAAAAUCAUGUCAUUUUAGUUGUCCUCAUCUUAUUGUCAACACUAACUACUUGUCUUGUUGAGGCAAAAUGGGAUCCUAUUAAUUGGUUUCGUCGCUCGACGAUAGUACGGAUGGAGAACAGGGUGGAAGGAGGUAAAGAAUUGAGAAUUCAUUGCAAAUCAAAAGACGACGACCUUGGCGUCUAUACGCUGAAGACACUUGACGAUUUUAUUUUUAAGUUUCGUCCAAACAUUUGGGGAACCACUUUGUUCUACUGCUCGAUGGACUGGGGAGAAGGACAAACCCAUUGGUUUGACAUUUACAUAUUUGAUAGGGAUUACAGACGUUGCACCAAUUGUCAAUGGAUUAUCAAGAAGAGUGGUCCAUGUUUUUACGAUGCAGGCGCUCAUAAGUAUGAUUUUUGUUAUCAGUGGAAUCAUUAG